AUGAAGCACUAUUCUGUCAUGCACAAGUUCCAAUUCAGGGUUAAAAGAUCUAGUGCUAGAAGCUACUGGCAGAUAUGUGUUGGUGAAAACUGUACAUGGCACUUCAAGGCAACUAGCAUAAAUGUUUCUGCAAUGUUCAAGGUCAGAAAUUUCAACAACCAGCACACAUGCUCUUUAAUGGACAAAACAUUCAUACAACGCAAACCUACUGCCAUGGUAGUUGGUAGCAUGGUUAUUCCAAAAUAUUGUGAUCCUAAGACAAUUUACACACUAAAAGACAUACAAAGUGACAAGUUGUCUGAACACGGCGUGAAUUUAACCUACAUGCAAGCUUGGAGAGCAAAGAAAAAGGAUUUACAGUUUUUGAGAGGUCAUCCUGCUGACUCCUACAGCAAAUUGCCUAGUUAUUUGUAUAUUCUGAAGAAAACUUAUCCGGGGUCUGUAGUUAAAUUGAAGAAGACGGACGAUGACUGCUUCUUGUAUGUAUUUGUUGCGAUUUGUAUGUCAAUCAGUGGUUGGGAAUAUUGUAGGCCAGUUGUAGUAGUCGAUGGAACCUUCUUAAAGUUAGCAUACAGAGGAAUAAUGCUAACAACUAGUACAAUGGAUGCAGCAUGUAUCAUAUUACCAUUGGCAUAUGCUGUUGUUGAUUCAGAAAAUGAUGCAUCAUGGAAGUGGUUUUUUGAGAAAUUCAAACAUGCAUAUGGUGAAAGACCAAAUAUGUGUGUUGUUUCAAAUCGGAAUGAGAGUAUCUUGAAGGCAACAUCUAUUGUUUAUCCCGACAUGCCACAUUAUUCUUGCAUGUGGCAUAUUUGGACAAAUAUACGGGCAAAGUUCAAGAAGGGACAUCUAAAGUUAAGCGAAUUGUACUUUGCCAUGGCACGGUCAUACACGCUUGAUGAAUUUAAUGAAAGGAUGUCAAAUAUUGAAGAGAUUGACCCACGUGUUAAAGAAUACUUAUACGAUAUUAGCUAUCAUAGAUGGUCUCGAGUACAUGCUACGGUGAACAGAACUUGGACUAUGACAUCAAACAUUGCAGAGUCGUUGAAUGUUGUAACAAAAUAUGCAAGAGAGCUGCCGAUAGUAGAACUAUUAGAGUAUAUGAGGACCCUUCUUGAACGUUGGAAGAAGGAAAAAUUAUUGAAAGCAAAGGACUACAUCCAUAUAGUACUAGAUGGUCUAAGGCGCUAUAUUAUUUGUCUUGAAAAUAAGAGAUGUAGUUGUGGGCAAUUCCAACUUGAUGAACUUCCUUGUCCACAUGCUUUGGUUGCUUUAAGACACAGGGAUGAGUCUUUUGAACAAUAUUGUUCUCCUUAUUACACAAGGGAGAACCUCUUGCGUUCUUAUGAAAUACCAAUAAAUCCCCUGCCUAAUGAAAGCAAAUGGAAUUUGCCACAACAUAUAUCUAAUGAAGUAGUAAAUCCACCUACAGGAGGGAAAAGGCAGUCAGGAAGACCUCAAAAAGAAAGAUACAAAACAUAUGAUGAAAUAAAUUCAAAGAAGUACAAGGUUUCAUGUGGCAACUGCGGAGGAGAAAGGCAUAACAAAAGAUCUUGA